AGAUGCUGCGACACUAAUCUAAGCUUCCUUCCUGGCCUGCUCUGUCCUUCAGCGGCUAAUCCUGUUAGCAGGAGCCAGUGCGUUAUAAUCCUCCCACAUCGCCCCGAUCCUUCGUGGCUCAUAGUCUCGCAGCCUCUGUGAUGCUGGACCCCUACUGAAGCCCACAGGAUGUUAAGCUGGGUGGGUAAAGUGGUUCCCCAGCCCCCAGAGGCCUGCGAGGAGAAACCAGAAGCACGGCCUUCUGCAGCUGAGAAGAAGGUGACAUUCAAGGAAGAAAGCAAAAAAGCAGUGACACUAAAAGAAGAGGAGGCGUCUGAGGACAGCAGUGCCCAGCCCAGGGUUCUGACAUGGAUCUCCCACAGCCUGGCCCACGCUCUCCCCCAGCCUGCAGGACUCGCCAAGCCUGAUAACAAGGAAGAAAAUGAGAAAAUCAGCAAUCCGGAGCCAAAUCAAGGUGUGAUGGGCUGGAUUGUCCAAGGGAUUGAAAAAGUGGUGCCGCAGCCAGAUGAGAAGUACAAGAAGCAGCCAGAGCAAGAGGACGACGUGACGGAGGUGCAUUACGUCGCAGAUGUACCAGAUGCUGAGCCUCUCGCCCACAUCCCCGUGGUGGAGGUGGAAUCUGAGCCAGAGGAGGAGGAGGAAAAGCCUCUCCAACUGCAGCCCAGGAUGAUGGAGUGGCUGAAGCAAGGCAUCGAGAAGGUGGUCCCCCGGCCCGAGAUCUACAUCCACGUCCCCCACGAAGGCGCGGCCCAGAGUCAAAAGAAAGCUGAGGAGGCUCCAGCUCCGGCGGGCGACACGGAGAAUGUGGUAGGCUGGAUCGUUGGAGGCAUUGGUCGCAUGCUGCCCCAACCUGUGCUGAAGAAGGACAACAACGAUGGAGUGGAGAACAUCAUCAUAGUCCAGGACCCAUCAGACAUGGUCCUGGAGGAGGUGGACCCAGACUGGGACCGGAAGGAGCGGGUCCAGCAGCCCCCCCAGGAGAACCAGGAGUUGCCGGCGGAAGAUGCGGGGACACAGACUGGCACCAUGGAGGGCCAGGCGGAGCCGUCCAUGUUGGCCCAGAUGGAGGAGCGGCUGCAGCGGGAGCGCCUGGAGGCGGCCCGCAUGGCGGAGGACAUGGCCUGGAGGGCGGCCGAGGCGGCGGUGAGGCAGCUGGAGGAGGAGCAGCGCGCCGCCAUCCUCGUGGAGGACCCGCCUCCGGAGGCCGGCGAACAACUGCCCAACAUCCUGGAAGAGGAGAACGAAGACGAACCAGAGUGCUCGCCCCCCACCGAAGCCCCAUGCGUGGCCCCCCCAGCGCCCACCCCCUCUGUGAAGAAGAAGGAAACGGUGUCAGAGAAGAGCGACAGCAUGAGUCAGGUCGCCCCCGCCGUCACCACCCAGCCCGACACCACCCAGCCCGACACCACCCAACCAGACACAGGACCGGUCGAUCAGGUCUCCGAGGUCGUGGCUGAAAUAGAGCGUCUCCAGAAGACCUCCGGUGGCUGUGCUCCUCCUACGCUCAGAGUGGAGGAUGUAGUCGAGGAUGAAGAGACCAUCCUGGCAAGGCUCAGUGGCGCUUAUCAAGACGGAGCGGUCGACAAGAAGACCCACCUGACGGCUGAGGACGAGGGCCGACCUGCGUCCGCCGCCAGCCUGGCCAGUGUGAUGGUCACCGAGCGGCUGUCUGAGCUGGUGCAGCUCUUCAAAGGCAGGACGGAGUUCCGCAGGGAGCGGCUGGUGGAUCCGGACGAGUCGGAUGAAGAGGACAUGCCCGUCGCCGCUCCACCUCCUCCUCCUCCUCCUCCACCCCCAGAGGACGUGAAGAAGGACGCCCCCACCGAGGGAGCCGGGGAUGGGGAGGAGGAGAAGGAGGAGCUGGAGAUAUACUAUGACUUCUUCGGGUAUCCCAUCAAGCUUCCUGCGCUGCCCAAGCUGCCCCCCAUGCCUGACUGGCUCCGCGUCGUCUUUGAGUACCGCUUCCCCUCCAGCAUCGACCCGUACACCGACUUUCUGUAUGUGAUGUGGCUGCUAUGCGUGGUCAUGGCGUGGAACUGGAACCUGUGGCUGAUCCCUGUACGCUGGGCCUUCCCAUACCAGACGCCUGAGAACGUGCACCUCUGGCUCCUCAUGGAUUACACCUGCGACCUCAUCUACAUCACCGACAUGGUCGUCUUCCAAACCAGGCUGGAGUUUGUUCGUGGUGGAGACAUUGUGUGUGAUAAAAAGGACAUGAGAGACCACUACAUGACCACAGAGAGAUUCAAGAUGGACAUGAUCUGCCUGUUUCCCCUGGAGGUGUUGUACUACUUCACUGGAGUCAACUCCCUUCUGCGCUUCCCCCGACUGCUCAAGUACAUGGUCUUCAACGAGUUCAACGACCGCGUGGAGGCAGUGAUGAAGAAGGCCUACAUCUGGAGGGUCAUGCGCACCACGGCUUACCUACUGUACUCCCUGCACAUCAACGCAUGUCUCUUCUACUGGGGUUCCGACUAUGAGGGACUAGGGUCGACCAAAUGGGUCUACAACGGCAAAGGCAACGCGUAUAUCCGGUGCUACUACUUCGCCGUGAAGACCUUGAUCACCAUCGGAGGGCUGCCCGACCCCACCACUGUCUUCGAAAUCGUCUUCCAGCUCCUGAACUAUUUCACGGGCGUCUUUGCCUUCUCCAUCAUGAUUGGUCAGAUGAGAGACGUGGUGGGGGCGGCCACGGCGGGCGAGAACUACUACCGAGCGUGCAUGGACAGCACCGUCAAGUACAUGACCUCCUACCACAUCCCCCGGGACGUCCAGAACCGGAUCAAGACCUGGUACGACUACACCUGGAAGAUCCAGGGCAUGCUGGACGAACAAGAGUUGCUGAUCCAGCUCCCUGAUAAGAUGAGGCUGGACAUGGCCGUGGACGUCAACUACUCCAUCGUCAGUAAAGUAGCUUUGUUCCAGGGAUGCGACAGACAGAUGGUCUUUGACAUGCUGACAAGACUCAAGUCUGUUGUCUACCUCCCCGGAGACUUUGUCUGCAAAAAGGGCGAGAUCGGCAGGGAGAUGUACAUCAUCAAGCAGGGCGAGGUCCAGGUGGUGGGGGGGCCGGACCUGCAGAUCGUCUUCGUCACCAUCCGAGCCGGCUCCGUGUUCGGGGAGAUCAGCUUGCUGGCCGGAGGCGGAGGCAACCGGCGCACGGCCAACGUUAAAGCCCACGGAUUCGUCAACGUCUUUAUCCUGGAUAAGAAGGACCUGGCCGAGAUCCUCGUGCACUACCCUGAGUCCCAGAAACUGCUGAGGAAGAAGGCCAAGACGAUGCUGACCAAGGACAAGAAGACGGACGCCAAGGUGGACAAGGGGACGGUGGAGGUGAUCACGAUGCGACCGCCGACCCCCGAGCUGUUCAAGGCGGCGCUGCAGGUCACCGAGGAGGCGGGGCUUGAGGGAACCUUCGCCAAGCUGAAGAAGAGCUACAUGGCUACCGAGGGCGACGUCCCGCCUCCCUCUCCGAUGCGCCGACGCUCCCCCAUCCCGCGGGCCCCGCCCCCCGGGGACGAGGACGCGGUCUCCGAGACCACCGACGGCUCGCUGGUGAUCCGCAUGACCCCCCGGGUCGGGGGGGAGGAGCUACUCAGCGUGGAGCGGGGCCGCAAGGCCGAGUAGACACCGACGGGGAGAAGAGGAGGAGUAGACACCGACGGGGAGAGGAGGAGGAGUAGACACUGACGGGGAGAGGAGGAGGAGGAGACACUGACGGGGAGAGGAGGAGGAGUAGACAGCGACGGGGAGAGGAGGAGGAGGAGUAGACAACGACGGGGAGAGGAGGAGGAGUAGACACCGACGGGGAGAGGAGGAGGAGUAGACACUGACGGGGAGAGGAGGAGGAGGAGGAGUAGACACCGACGGGGAGAAGAGGAGGAGUAGACACCGACGGGGAGAGGAGGAGGAGUAGACACUGACGGGGAGAGGAGGAGGAGGAGGAGUAGACACCGACGGGGAGAGGAGGAGUAGACACUGACGGGGAGAGGAGGAGGAGUAGACACUGACGGGGAGAGGAGGAGGAGUAGACACCGACGGGGAGAGGAGGAGGAGGAGGAGUAGACACUGACGGGGAGAGGAGGAGGAGGAGGAGGAGGAGGAGGAGGAGUAGACACUGACGGGGAGAGGAGGAGGAGGAGUAGACACUGACGGGGAGAGGAGGAGGAGUAGACACUGACGAGGAGAGGAGGAGGAGUAGACACCGAUGGGGAGAGGAGGAGGAGGAGGAGUAGACACCGACGGGGAGAGGAGGAGGAGGAGGAGGAGGAGGAGGAGGAGGAGGAGGAGGAGUAGACACCGACGGGGAGAGGAGGAGGAGGAGUAGACACUGACGGGGAGAGGAGGAGGACUAGACACUGACAGGGAGAGGAGGAGGAGGAGGAGUAGACAGCGACGGGGAGAGGAGGAGGAGGAGUAGACACUGACGGGGAGAGGAGGAGGAGGAGUAGACACUGACGGGGAGAGGAGGAGGAGUAGACACCGACGGGGAGAGGAGGAGGAGGAGGAGUAGACACUGACGGGGAGAGGAGGAGGACGGGACCACAGGGGGUUGAGGUCCUGUUUCAGGACCUGGUUUGGGACCUGGUUUAGGAUCUGGUUUAGGAUCUGGUCUAGGAUCUAGUCUAGGACCUGGUUAAGGACCUGGUUAGGUCUGGAUGUGAUGAGCCACUUUGAACCGUGUGAUAACGUCACGUGUUCCUCCCGCUGAUAUCUGGCUAUCAGGUCUGAUAGCAGACUACAGUAGGAAGUAGGCCAGAUGUUUGUUGAAGGCCAAUUCUAGGAUACUAGACCGAUCUAUCAAUUCAAUAAACCCAGGAUAGGUAUGUAGGCGGUAUUGAUGGUUCCUACUUUUGUAUAAUCAGAUUCCUGACUAUGGCCACACUACAACAUACAUUGAUACAGAGAAACACACGCGCACUGAUUCCCCACAAUAUCUCAGUCCUUAUCUCAGGUUUGCUGCUGAUUCAAGCUUUUCGUUAUUGCCAUUGUCCCUGUUGUAAUACAUUACUAUCCCUUUGUGACAAACUAUGGCCUUCACUAUGCUAAACUGUGCUAAGCAAAUUCUCUUAAUUUUAUAGAUGCAAUAACUGCUUUUGGUAGCUUGAUCCUUUAUUUGUUCCAUCUUCUAUCUAUCUAACUGAUGUUUUUAAACUACUCUAUAGCACUGUGCGUGUGUGUGCGUGUGUGUGUGUGUGUGUGUGUGUGUGUGUGUGUGUGUGUGUGUGUGUGUGUGUGUGUGUGUGUGUGUGUGUGUGUAGGAAAUGCUUCCAGGAAGCUAUGGAAGUGCUCAUUGUGUCCAGAGUCUGUCUACCAUGAAUGAAAAAAUAACAACGUGAAUGCGGGAACGAAGGAGUACAGAAUUUUCAUUCAUAUCUUCUAGAACAAUCUCUCCUAGAAAUGCUUGUGUACAACAUAAUGGUUCGCACAACGUUUGAGGAACCCCAUUUGACAUGGUUCAUCAGGGGCUUGUUAGAUGAUUUAAUUGUAUUUUUUCUGACUGUGUAUUUUCCAAAAGACUUGAAACAAACGUAGUCCAUUUUUUGUAGUCAUAUAGAACAAUGCUCAGGGAUUUAAUUUUCGAUUAUGACCAAUAAAAUAAGCGCUGUUUGGUGAAAAUGUUAUUUUAUAAAUACAAUUAUGUGAACAAAA